CGUUCGAGGUCGCGGUUCAUCGGGGAGGGGCGCGUGACCUCCCCUGCACCUGUUAUAAAGUGCGACCUGAGAGCGUCGGUGCAGUGCGACAUGGAGUUCCCGCUGCAGCUGUACCACUGUGUCCUGGUCAUCCUCGCAGCGCGCUCUGCCGUUUGCGUCGAGAACUUGGCGGAUGUGCCGUGUGGCCGACAGUGGCGCCGCGAGGGGCGUAUUGUUGGCGGGGAGCCUGCGGUGCCAGGGGAAUUUCCGUGGCUGGUGUCAAUCACGAGGAGGGGGGGCCACUUUUGUGGUGGCACAAUAGUCAACAAGAGAUGGGUGAUAACUGCAGCACACUGCAUGUGCAGUGGUCCAGUUGAGCUGCCUGUGGAACACAUUCGCGUUGUGGUAGGGGAACACGAUCUGUCGAAAAGGGAGACCCCGCCCUCGCGAGAAAUGGGAGUGCGCCGUCUGGUGUUGUACCCUGGUUAUCAGUGCGAACGCUUCAAUCACGACAUUGCUCUACUGGAACUGGAUGGCGAGGUGGGAUGGUCCGAGACGGCGUGGCCGGCCUGUCUUCCUCAAGCUGGCGCCACGAGUUUCUCAGGCCGUGAAGCCACUGCAGCGGGGUGGGGAUGGCUUCACGAGGCCUCGGCGCAGGGCGGACGCGCAGAUGUCCUUCAGAAGGUCACACUUCGUGUCGUGGACAACGACACGUGUCGGAAUUGGUACAAGUCAAAGGGCAAAAAGACGAAAGUCCUUGACUCGCAAAUGUGCGCUGGCUACGAACAAGGAGGUCGUGACUCGUGUUGGGCGGAUAGCGGGGGCCCCCUCAUGGUAAGGGACCCAGACCGUGUUACCAUAGUGGGUGUCAUAUCCACUGGAAUUGGCUGCGCGCAACCCAAACUGCCAGGUCUUUACACACGCUUGUCAAACUACUCCACGUGGAUCAAGACGCACGUGCAGGCAUCGUGACGUCAUCUGAACAUGUGGAGCUUGAGAUAUGACUGGAGCAAGGAAGAAAUGGGCAAAGUGACUUGCAUGUUUCAGAUAUGACGCAAGACUGUCGCGGUAAAAGAAAGGCAUCGAGAGAUGAUUAAUAUGACAAGUGUUUCGAGAACGAUUUCAAACAAAGUUUCAUUGACGUUGAAGUACAGGUCGGUGAAAGUGAUUCACUUGUGUCUUAGCCGCAUUUGACGGACACGAGAUAGAUUCGCCUUUUUAUGUGGCAGAUCGCACUGCAUCAGCUUCAAGACGUUUCUUUGUGUGGUGCUCCCUACAAAUCACAGUUUGCAAGAAGACGGAACUCAAAUUUGAAACUGAAAAUUAUGCUGUACGGUUUGUUCUUGAGUAAACUUUAAUUCUUCGUUGAAAGACCCCACAGUUGCUACUGGUACACGAAACAUUUACAGAGAAUCUGAAUGCACAAAGUCAACAAAACAAUUUAGACUUGUCGUGUUGACAGCCUACCUUGUUGAAUUAGUGUUUUAUUGUUAAAUGCUAUUUAAAUCUGGUGAAAUAAAGACUGAACGAAUGCAUUUAUGGUGGAAUCUCCUGGCGUACGGUUUUAAACAAAUCGUUAGUUAAUGAAAUCUUGCACCGAUUUCAUGACAAUGGACGUAUCAACCCUCCUGGAAUAAUAAUAGUUGUAAUUAUGAAAGUUUCAAAUAAAAGUUAAAAAUUAAUUAACUUUAUGUUAUUUUGUGCUCGAGUGAAACACUGGGGCUUCGAAGGCCUGCACUUCCAAGAAUCGUCCACACAGAUUGUGAACGGAUCAAGAAAAUGGGACCUGCUUCAGAAAAAGGAAUGCUCAAGAUAAUUAUUCUCUACAGUAAAUAUGUUGACUUGAAGAAGCAAUAUGAAAGAAUCUCCCAGAUAAAAUUUCCGAAAAAUAUGUUUCACGUUUUAGACGCACUAGGCUGCAUUAUAACAAACCAGUGAUGGCCACUCGGGAUGCGUGUGAGUGAGUAUAGUGGAGGACUCCGGCUACAAGUCGUUCGUAGUCUUACUGUUUUGCUGGCUGUUGUAAAUUCACUCGUUUGUAAUUUUAAGUUGUGUAUCCUUUCAUACAUAGAUAUUUUCAGCAGUACAUACAUAAAUGGACAUAUAGUACCGCCGCAAAUAAUUUAGCUAUUUUUAGGUUAUAAUUUGCAGGGCGCAGUCAAUUUUGAUCGAAGGUUUGAAGUUAGUUGCGUAAUUAAUUUGUACUGCGUGAUGUUUGG